AAAAAUGUUAAAGAUACUUUUCAUUAAAAAGAAAGGUUGUAAACACAUUUUAAAAACUCACGCGUUCCGCGAUCGUUUACGUUUAUCUUUACUCUAAAUAUUUUGGAAUAAUCGUUUAAUCAAGUUCCAGUGUGAUAUUAGUGGAAUAAGAAGUAACAAACAGAAUUAUACAUAUAUUUUGAGGAAAAAAAAACCGAUUGCGAUCGUAUUUUUGCAACUGGCUAUCUUCGUCUCGCUCGCUCGCGCACCGAGAAUUCGUGCUCCUGAUGUGCCAAUAUCUGUGCUAAAAGGUGUUUAAAAUACCAAAAAGAAUUUAAGUGCAACUUCUCAACUUCAACAACAACUAAAAAUUAAAGUAACAACAAAAACAGCAACGAACGAGUGAACGGCCGAAAGAGUCAACAGCUGCUCGGUCACAGUUUGACAGCCACUAACUGAGGACUGCGCUGUCGCUGCUGUGAUCCCCCGCGACGCUUUUCUUCACUCCAAUUUCCAUGCAUGCGGCCCAUUCGCCAUCUCGCUUGCACUGAAAGCACCGUUAAUCGGAGUCUGCCGGUGGCGGUGGCCCCCAAACGACAACUGCCGGUCCAUCCGCUGGUAAUGUGGCUAAUGCCACCACAGCCCUAGCCGGUGGUAAGAGCUCAAGCAAUAACAUGUAUUCCACCCGCCAAUCUGUAAGCACCACAACCGGUGUACUUAUGGUCGGACCAAAUUUUCGUGUCGGUAAAAAAAUUGGCUGUGGUAACUUUGGCGAAUUGCGUUUAGGCAAAAAUCUUUACAACAAUGAACAUGUAGCAAUAAAAAUGGAGCCUAUGAAGUCAAAGGCUCCGCAACUACACUUAGAGUAUAGGUUUUAUAAACUAUUAGGAUCACAUGCCGAUAACGCCCCAGAUGGCAUACCACGCAUUUAUCAUUUGGGCACUUGCGGUGGCCGUUAUAAUGCCAUGGUUUUAGAGUUAUUGGGAUUAUCAUUAGAAGAUCUCUUCAAUAUUUGCGCCCGUAAAUUUUCACUUAAGACUGUAUUGAUGAUAGCGAAACAACUUCUCCACCGGAUCGAAUAUGUUCAUAGUCGGCACUUAAUAUAUAGGGAUGUUAAACCAGAGAACUUUCUCAUUGGCAGAACGUCAACAAAACGUGAAAAAAUUAUACAUAUAAUUGAUUUCGGUUUGGCCAAAGAAUACAUUGAUUUAGAUACAAAUAGGCAUAUACCAUAUCGGGAGCAUAAAUCCCUAACUGGAACGGCACGUUAUAUGUCUAUCAACACACAUAUGGGGCGUGAACAGUCGCGUCGAGACGAUCUGGAGGCAUUGGGUCAUAUGUUUAUGUACUUCUUAAGAGGUUCACUGCCGUGGCAAGGCCUGAAGGCUGAUACACUCAAGGAGAGAUAUCAAAAAAUCGGUGAUACGAAACGAGCAACGCCCAUUGAGGUGCUUUGCGACGGACAUCCUGAAGAGUUUGCGACAUAUUUGCGUUACGUACGGCGGUUAGACUUUUUCGAAACUCCCGAUUAUGAUUUCCUGCGAAGACUGUUUCAAGACUUAUUCGAUCGUAAGGGAUACACCGACGAGGGCGAGUUCGACUGGACAGGGAAGACUAUGUCAACGCCCGUCGGAUCUCUGCAAACUGGCCAUGAAGUCAUCAUUUCACCAAAUAAAGAUCGUCAUAAUGUUACGGCUAAGACAAAUGCCAAAGGAGGUGUUGCUGCGUGGCCUGAUGUGCCCAAACCAGGGGCAACACUGGGCAAUCUAACGCCAGCCGAUCGGCAUGGUUCAGUGCAGGUUGUGAGUUCGACGAAUGGCGAACUAAAUCCGGACGAUCCCACGGCCGGACACUCAAACACGCCCAUCACACAGCAGCCGGAAGUCGAAGUGGUCGAUGAAACAAAUGGUUCCUUAUAUUCCAGAUGUUGUUGUUUCUUUAAACGAAAGAAGAAGAAAUCGACGCGCCAGAAAUGACUAGACGGUGUACAAUGUAGUCCAGAACGCGAGGCAGUCACCUUGCUGCGCGCCACUUCACAUUCAAACUCACGGGAUAGCGUAUUGAAUAAUCCGAGUCAGGAUUAUAUCCAGCAGGCAACGUCGCAGCAUACGUUGCGUUAUCCUCCAUCCGCGUCGAUGCUGACGCCAACACCAACUACAAACACACCGACACUUCCGUUGUAAUUUAUACAAAAAUAUAUAAAAACACCCGAUACAAAAUGCCGACAGCAGCAGCUAAAAAAAACAAAAAUAAAACAUAAAAAAAAAUACAAACAAAAAUAAAAUAAAAAACAAAAACACAGAAUCCAACAAGAAAACAAAAAGAGAACGGUAUACAUUAAAUACACUAAAAAACAGUAAACGAAACAAACAAAAUGAAACAAUUU